UACUCCUUUUGCCAAAUGAGUGCUGUAGAAAAUAUUUCUGAUAUUUUGAGAAUAACUCUAGUUUGUUGGCAUCCUGACCCUAUUUAAAGUUAAUUUACAUAUUAACUCCUCCUUCCCUGGGAAAGGCUCCAGGAAUCUCGGGACAUGUCUCGUUCUGUCCCAUCCACUGCUGCCCAACCGUCACCCUGGAGCAGAUACUGGUGCUCCAGCUACGGUUCCCUGAACAAAAUGCUCCUUGUGGUUUCUCGCAUGAUGGGGAGCGCCUCCCCAAAACCAGCUGGAGAAGUGCUGUUGGCAGCCCGUAACUUUGUAAAUGAAGCUUCCUUUGAUAUUAAGAAAUGUGCCCUUCAUCGCCUGGAAGAGGGCCCUCCAGUCAGUGCGGUUCUCACUAGAGAGGAAGGACUCAAGUACUAUAAGAUAAUGCAGACGGUCCGUAGGAUGGAACUGAAAGCAGAUCAGUUGUACAAGCAAAAGGUCAUCCGUGGUUUCUGCCACUUGUAUGACGGUCAGGAAGCUUGUUGUGUGGGGAUCGAGGCGGCUAUAAAUCCUUCGGAUCAUGUGAUUACAGCCUAUAGAGCUCAUGGCUUUACCUAUGCCCGUGGACUUUCUGUUAGAGAAAUUUUAGCUGAGCUAACGGGACGCAGAGGAGGCUGCGCCAAAGGAAAGGGAGGCUCAAUGCACAUGUACACCAAGAACUUCUAUGGAGGCAACGGUAUUGUUGGAGCCCAAGUGCCAGUGGGAGCUGGGAUUGCCCUGGCCUGCAAGUACAAAUCAACAGAUGAGAUCUGUUUUACUCUGUACGGAGAUGGUGCUGCUAAUCAGGGUCAGAUAUUCGAAACUUACAAUAUGGCAGCUUUGUGGAAACUGCCUUGUGUUUUUGUUUGUGAAAAUAAUCGAUAUGGAAUGGGAACUUCGACGGAGAGAGCAGCAGCCAGCACUGAUUAUUACAGAAGAGGAGACUUUAUUCCAGGAAUAAAAGUAGAUGGUAUGGAUGUUCUGUGUGUCCGAGAAGCCACAAAAUUUGUAGCUUCCUAUGCCAGAUCAGGAAAGGGCCCCAUAUUGAUGGAACUACAGACAUAUCGUUAUCAUGGACACAGCAUGAGUGAUCCUGGUGUGAGUUACCGUUCUAGGGAGGAGAUUAAGGAAGUGAGGAAUAAGAGUGACCCUAUUAUGCUUCACAAAAAUAGGAUGGUCAACAGCAAACUUGCCAGUAUUGAAGAAUUAAAAGAAAUUGAUAUUGAAGUAAGGAAAGAGAUUGAAGAUGCUGCCCAGUUUGCUACAGCUGAUCCAGAGCCACCUUUGGAAGAAUUAGGUUAUCAUGUCUACUCUGGACAGAUAUCUUUUGAUGUUCGAGGUGUGAAUCAAUGGAUCAAGUACAAAUCUGUCUGCUAAAAGGGAUUGUGUCAAAACAUAAACAUUUCUCCUCUUCCUCAAAUAAUCUUAUAUUUAUUUAUGUAUCCAUUCUGUAUCCUCCCUUCCUUCCCUCCCAUCUCCAUCACUUCAUAAUCCCACUAGAAUGUAAACGUCUUGAGGUCUGAGUUAAAUAUUUUGUCUGGUCAACUUUAAGAAACUGUUGGAUGUCAAGGAAGAAAUGAAAAAUUCAAAACCAAAAAAAAAAUUGAAUUGUCAUUAGAAAAUGCUAAAUAUAUAUAUAUAUAUAUAUAUAUAUCAAAUGAAAGAAUAUUACUACUAAUAUUCAUGCUGUAAUUUUCUAUUAUGCUGUUUUAUUAAAGGAACUGAACAAGUUAAAAGUAAUUUAUACAUACAUAUUUAAUAUUCAACAACUUCAUGUAUGUGUAUGUUUAAAUAUAGGCAUGUAUUUAUUCAUGUGUGCAUAUAUAGAUGAUAGAAAGAUCGAUAGAUAAAAUAGAUAGAUAGAUAAAAUUGUUCUUAAAGUGGACAGGAUACCAAUAAGAAGCUUGCUUUCUAAAAAUCAGGCAAUGUAUGUGUCAUAUAUGUAAUACACAAACAUAUGUGUAAAUGCAGUACAUAUAAGAUAUAUAUAUUAUAUAUAUGCACACUGUCACAUUAUAGUCAUAGACAGUAAAUAAUAGAUAGCCAGAUAGAUAAUUUACUUAUCAGUUUGCAAGUUGCUACCUCCUAUAAGAAAUUUUUCUGGACAGCUAAACUACUCAAAUAAUAUUGUAUUUAUUUAUAUCAAUUCUUUUUUCUCCCUUCCUUCCAAAUCCCAUCCCUUCAAACUUGCAUUAGAAUGAGAACUUCUUGAGAUCUGAAUUUAUUCCAUUUUACAUAUUUAGCAUUUCCUAGUGACUUACACAUAAUACAAACUUCACAAAUGUUUAUUGAUUUGAAUUAAUUUAAUUUGACAUAUUUAAAUAGGCAAUAGUUCUUUCUUUUUUAGUGUUUCAAAUGUUACUUUUUGUUAGAACAUGCUUACAAAAGAUAAAGAAACAAUUUAAUGAUGUUUGUGAAGUCGUCAAAUUAUUUUAUGAUUUGCUGGUUCAUUAAUAGAAAUGGUGAAAAAGAUUGAGAUAAAAGGUUUUUUCCCCAAGUCUGUUAACAGUAAUUCUUAAACUUCAUUUUGCCCCCUCUCUCAUUCUCUACCUAAUUCCCUCCUCCAUCUAGACACCUCAGUCACAGCUCUAACUUUCAAAUUGUUUGAUUAGAACCAUGAACAAAAAAUAAAGUGCCAAACCUGUGUGAUAACACAAACUGCAUGAAUUGGAAGUUCUGGGAUAAAACUGUGUUCAGGGUUAACUGUGCCCAACAAAGUUGUAAAAGACCAGAUUCUGGCAAACUAUGCUGCAUAUGCCCUUAUAACUUUCCAUGUUACAGUUUAAUCUUUGAAAGUUGAUAACUUGUCCCUAAAGAGGUGAGGAAAAAAAUUAAGAGAGCUUGUAAUUUAUCAUAUAGCCACUUGAAAGAGCAUUAUGAAUAAGGAGUUUUAUAAUUGACAGAGAUAUGGGCAUGCUUGCAAGGGCAGGCACAGAACUGGGCAGGGACAGAAUGUGUGUGUGUGUGUGUGUGUGUGUGUGUGCAUCAAUACAAGUCCUACAUUUUCCCCCCUUCCUGGCAUGCAGAGGUACUGAAGAAAUAAAUCCUCUCUACACACACAUAUUCUGUCUCUGUCUCUCUCUUUCUCUCCCCUGUCUUUUUUCCAUGAUACUUAGCCCAGUGUCUCUCCCUCUUUGGAACUGCUUUCACUUGUAUCUGUUGUCUGAGUUUUAGUGAAAAGUUAUUUGAACUGGUAUUUCAAUGAAAAGCAGUUAUGUGAGCUAAUAAGUAACUUUGGUUUUAUUUUUACUGCAUUAAAAUGUUCCCAUCAAAAAAUCAAUACAAACCUUCCUUUUCUCUAAUUUGAUAAGUACACAUCUCUAAGAUAAGUUGGAAUCUGCCAUGAUGUAUCUGUCACAACUAUUUCUAAACAUAAGUUAAUUAAUCUUGGAUCCUAUAUGAGAGAUUUUCAUAUCUGUAAUAGGUUUUUGCACUGAUAGAGCUUUGCUUGUUUCAUAAGGUAAGCUUCAUUUUUUUUUUCUAUAACAGAUUCAAACAAAAAUUUAAAAAAAUUACCUCCCAAAGCCUUUUUUCUUUGAAAUGAACUCUUUUCACUUAGGAUCCAGGAGUAUGCUUACUUUGGAUCCUUAAAAAGGCAUUAUAGUGUGUAUUUUAGCAAAUUCCACUCAAUAACUCACAUUAAAAGGUCUUUAAUAGACAUUUUUAUUGAGUUCAAAAAUAUCCAUAAAUUUAAAUUCAUGAGGAUUCCAUAGUGAAAAAAGUGACAUAGAAUGGAGAGGGAUUUUUUUUCUUUAGAUCUUUUGGAGAAGAUUGAGCAUUGUCUUUAUCUUAGCCUGAUCAAGCAUAAAAAUACCUAAAUGAUCAGUUUCUAAGAGGAGGAUAUAGAACAAAAGGUCUACAGCAGUGCAGGACACAAGAAAUCAGAAAUAAGUGGAAGCAUAUGACUGAGUUACCCACAUUGGAAAUCUCAGAAUUUCCUUUCCCUUCAUCUACAAAUUGGACAAAAGGGCUUUUAUUCCCCAUAUAAACAUUUCUUAGUUUUCGUCUCUCACUUGGAAAAAGAACAAAAAAAGAUAAAAGCCCAUAUUUCCUAUCAUUUGCACACUGAGAAUAAUUAUUUUGUUAUUAAUAUCCAAUUAUGUAUGGCAUUCAAAGAUCAUUUCUUGAUUGUUAAUAACCAAUCAUAGCUUAAUAAUUAGUAGGCUUUUUUUCUUAUUUUUCUCAUUCAAGGCUUAUUCCUUGUGAAGGCCAGGAUUCACGAUGAGAUAUUCUCUUUGCUCUUGGGCAGAACACUCCUCACCUGGGAGAGUUUAUUUCUGACGAAAGUGCAAAGAGAAUAAAAUCUAGGUGAAUUAUGGCCCAUUAUUCAUGGGCCAUACCACUUAAGUGGUAUGUAUAGAGGUAAAUCCUUUUGUACAAAUAUAAAAAGCUAAGUCUCAUCUAACAAUUUUCUCAGCUGGAAGAGAUGAGGAAUUUUUGUCUUUCUGCUCAUUUUAUGCUAACUUUCUGAUUGUUGACCAAUUAAAGUUAAUUUGCAACCUCAAGGACAAAGACAUCUCUUCUAUAGUGAGGAUCAAAUGAGUUAAUAUUUGUAAAACACUUAAUAGAGUCCCUGACACAAAUUAGAUACUUGUUUAGAUGUUUACUUUCUUCCCUGUGUUCAGCCUAUUGAUAGGAUUUUUCUAAUCAUACUUGAUUCUACAUUGAGCCUAAAUAUUUUUCUCACAUAUUGUAGGUUAAUAAGAACAUAGAUUUAGAACUAGAAAUGAGCAUAGACACCAUCUAGUUUAAAGAAAUAAUCUUAUAAUUGAGGGAACUGAAUUCUAGAAUAAUGAGGUGAUUUGCCAAAGAUCAUAAAAGGAAUAUGCAGUCAAUUGAAAUGAAAAAACAUAUAUUAAGCAUCUGCUAUAUGCCAGCCACUGUAGUAAGCAGUGAGAACACCAAAACAAACAAACAAACAAACAAACAAAAAAACAAUACAUUGUCUCCUUUUCAU